AUGACUAACUAAUAUUCUUUCUUAAGUUAUCGACACUGGGACUUCCCAAGCGGUCCCCCACCUUAGUACUAACCCAGCCUUAAGGCGCUUAACUUCGGAGUUCGAAUGGGAUCCGGUGUUUUCACCUUAGUAUGGCCGAUAACAAAAUUAAUACAAAUUAUUGUUAUCGACACUGGGACUUCCCAAGCGGUCCCCCACCUUAGUACUAACCCAGCCUUAAGGCGCUUAACUUCGGAGUUCGAAUGGGAUCCGGUGUUUUCACCUUAGUAUGGCCGAUAACAAAAUUAAUACAAAUUAUUGUUUAUUUAAAAUAAAUAAUACUAAAUUCAACAAAAUAAAAAAUUAAGAAUUAAAAGAAAAUCGACUAUUAUAUUUUAUAAAUAUUUUUUUAUCAUAAAAAUAAAAAAAGGUUAUCGACACUGGGACUUCCCAAGCGGUCCCCCACCUUAGUACUAACCCAGCCUUAAGGCGCUUAACUUCGGAGUUCGAAUGGGAUCCGGUGUUUUCACCUUAGUAUGGCCGAUAACAAAAUUAAUACAAAUUAUUGUUAUCGACACUGGGACUUCCCAAGCGGUCCCCCACCUUAGUACUAACCCAGCCUUAAGGCGCUUAACUUCGGAGUUCGAAUGGGAUCCGGUGUUUUCACCUUAGUAUGGCCGAUAACAAAAUUAAUAAAAUUAAUGUUAUCGACACUGGGACUUCCCAAGCGGUCCCCCACCUUAGUACUAACCCAGCCUUAAGGCGCUUAACUUCGGAGUUCGAAUGGGAUCCGGUGUUUUCACCUUAGUAUGGCCGAUAACAAAAUUAAUAGAAUUAAUGUCUAAUUAAAAAAUAUGA